AUGAACAUCUACGUUGUGGGUUUGAAUCAACUCUUUGAUAUAAAUAAACCUACUCUGCCGUUGGCAUCUGGGGAAUUUUCAAGGGAAAUAGGAACGACAAUCGUAGUUGUUGUUUGUUUAAUGAGCUUUUUUAUAGGAUUGAAGGCUCAAUCCCUGCCUUUACUGUGUGCACUAUCAGGAUCUUGCUUUCUUGGAACUGCAUAUUCUAUCAAUGUUCCUUUCCUUAGAUGGAAACAACAUCCUGUCCUUGCUGCAACAUGCAUCCUUUGUGUGCGUGCAAUCUUAGUCCAACUAGCCUUCUUCAUCCAUAUUCAGGGAUAUGUACUCAGAAAGCCAGUGGCACUCACAAAAUCAGUAGUAUUUGCCACAACUUUUAUGUGCUUCUUCUCAGCUGUUAUAGCUCUUUUUAAGGAUAUACCUGAUGUAGACGGAGAUAGAAAUUUCAGCAUUCACUCGUUCAGUGUUCGUCUGGGUCAAGAAAGAGUGUUUUGGCUUUGCAUUAAGCUACUGCUAAUUGCAUAUACUAUAGCCAUAAUUGUUGGAGCCUCUUCUGGAAAUAUAUAUCAACGACUGGUAACUGUACUUGGUCAUGCCUGUAUUGCAUCCAUCCUUUGGCUUCAAGCACAAUCUGUUGAUGUACAAGAUAAGUCAUCAACAACUUCAUUUUAUAUGUUCAUAUGGAAGUUAUUUUAUAUUGAGUACUUGCUUAUCCCAUUUCUUCGUUGAGUAUGCUGGAAAAGUCAAGAGCCAAUAAAGUCA